AUGUUUUCUAAUCUUGUUAAACGCUUUCCUUCUACUCUACGUCAAUGUCGAUUUUCGUCAUCAUUUUCAACGAAAUUUUCCUAUCGACAACAAUUAGUAUCUGACUUAUCGAACGCAAAUCUCGUAGAUACACCGGUAUCUCUUCAUGGUUGGUUACAAUAUCGCCGUUUGAAUUCUUUCGGUGUUCUUCGUGAUCAUUCGGGUUCGAUACAAUUUAUUCUUCCAUCAACAAUGAAACAAGAACGACAAACAUUAAAACAAACACCUGUUGAAUCUUGUGUACAUAUCAAAGGAAUAUUGAAGAAACGUCCGGACAAAGAUAUCAAUUCCGAUGUAUCAUUAGGUCACAUCGAAGUACAUGUCACUGAUUUCCAAGUGAUAAAUUCUUGUUUACCACAAUUACCCAUUGAUUUAUCAAAAUAUCAUGAGUCCGAUGAAAAAGCACGUUUAAUUUAUCGCUAUUUAGACUUUCGUCGUGAUAUCAUGCAAGAACGGAUUCGUUUUCGUUCGUCAUUCAUUGCGAAAGUUCGAGAUUUUUUGUUAAAACACUCCUUUGUUGACAUUGAAACUCCAUCGUUAUUUCGCCGCACACCUGGUGGUGCACGGGAAUUUUUAGUUCCGACGCAUUUAGAACAUGGAGGAUUAUUUUAUGCUUUAACACAAAGCCCACAGCAGUUUAAACAAUUGUUAAUGAUGGGAGGCUUCGAUCGAUACUUUCAAAUCGCCAAAUGCUUUCGAGAUGAAUCAGGACGUCGAGAUCGUCAACCUGAAUUCACUCAAAUCGAUUUAGAACUAAGUUUUGUUUCUCGUGAAAAUAUCUUUUCAUUAAUUGAAGAACUUCUGGCACACAGUUGGCCUGAUCGACUCGGCAACAUUCCAUUUCCUCGUUUAACCUACGCAGAAUGUAUGUCACGGUAUGGAACAGACAAACCAGAUACACGUUUUGCAUUAGAAAUUGAACAUUCAUCGGAUAAAGUUUCGAUCACUAGUCCCAUUUCGUUAAAUAAUUUGCAAGAUUUCUUGACUGAUAAUAUUCAAUAUGACGAAAAGACUCGACAAUUUUCGGUGAAUAAAAGCAACAAUGAAGAAGACGAUUUAAUUAAAAUGGGAAAUUUUCGUUUGAAAUUAGCUGAUUUACUAGAAAGCCAAUAUGAUAUAAAAUUACGACAAAAACGUCAAUGGAAUUUUGUUUGGAUUACUGAUUUCCCUUUAUUUACACCGAUGACAGAAGAUCGUACGAAAUUCGAAUCAACUCAUCAUCCAUUUACUGCACCUGUUGAUGAGCAUUUAUCGUUGUUAUCAUCCAAAAAAGAUUGGUCACGCAUUACUGGUCAACAUUAUGACCUUGUUUUGAAUGGUUUUGAAGUCGGUGGUGGUUCAAUUCGAAUUCACAAUUCGAAACUACAACGUUUCAUUCUCAAUGAUGUUCUUCAUCUACCUGUUGAACAUUUAGAACAUCUUCUAGAAGCUUUGGAAUAUGGUGCACCACCUCAUGGUGGAAUCGCUUUGGGAUUAGAUCGUUUACUUGCAUUAGUUUUAGAAACUGAACAUAUUCGAGAUGUGAUCGCAUUUCCGAAAACAAGUCUAGGAAAAGAUCUUAUGUCUCAAGCACCAAGUGCAGUUGAACAAUCAGAAUUAGAUUAUUAUUAUCUAAAGAUAAACAAAAAAAUAGAUUGA